AAGAGACACUAGGGCACACAAAUUCCGGCACCCUUCGCAGUUCCCUUUUUCCGGCGAGAAGCACAGGUAGAGGGGAGACAGGGAGGGAAGAUGUUCAGGAACCAGUAUGACACGGACGUUACGACGUGGAGCCCCGCAGGCCGCCUCUUCCAGGUGGAGUAUGCCAUGGAAGCCGUGAAACAGGGGAGUGCCGCGAUCGGGCUGAGGUCCCGCAGCCACGUCGUCCUCGCUAGCGUCAAUAAGGCCAACUCCGAGCUCUCGUCCCACCAGCGGAAGAUCUUCAAGAUCGACGACCACAUCGGGAUCGCCAUCGCGGGGCUCACCGCCGAUGGCCGCGUCCUCUCCAGAUACCUUAGGUCCGAGUGCAUCAACUACAGCUUCGUCUACGAGUCGUCCCUCCCGGUCGGCAGGUUGGUCGUCCAGCUUGCCGAUAAGGCCCAGGUCUGCACACAAAGGUCCUGGAAGAGGCCCUACGGCGUGGGGCUUCUGGUUGCUGGACUAGACGAAUCUGGUGCUCAUCUUUACUACAACUGCCCAAGUGGCAACUAUUUUGAAUACCAAGCCUUUGCCAUCGGUUCACGUUCGCAAGCUGCAAAGACCUACCUGGAGAGAAAGUUCGAGACGUUCAAUGACUGCUCGCGCGAGGAGCUCAUAAAGCACGGUCUUUUCGCAAUCAAGGAGACUCUACAGGGUGAGCAGCUUAGUAACUCUAGUUGCACCGUUGCCAUUCUCGGGAAGGACGAACCUUUUCAGAUAAUCGAUCAGAAGACCCUUCAACAGCUCAUUGAUACGUUGGAGCCAAAGGAAGAAGCAUCUGACCAGAGCGCCAUGGAGGAAGACAAGAGCCCAGAUGUUGCGCCCAUGGAUAUCUAGUUACGAAAGAGGGUAUGAAACUGUUUGAUUUUUAUUUAUGGAACAUUUCUUCGGGAAUGCGACUCUUCACCUUAUGGUAGACGAGGAUCACACUGGAACUGCAUGUGAGCUGUCGCUUAAGUGUCUUCGCUUGCAAAUUUUAUUAUAUUUUCGCUCCGUUAAUGUAUCUUCGUUGGUGUGCA